AUGUCAAUGUUCUUGCGUCUGUCGCGGGUGAAUGCUCGCCCGGCAGUCUCGGUAACCUUCACCAGUGGUCGCCGAUUAAUCGGAUCGGUCAGCGCAAUUGAUUCAAGCAUUUUCCGAACUCUGUUUGGUACAGAUGAAAUUCGCAAGGUCUUCGACGACGAAGCUUAUAUCCGACGAUGUGUUGACGCCGAAGCUGCCCUAGCACGAGCGCAAUCCCAAUGCGAUGUCAUUCCAUCCAAGAUCGGAGCGAUGGUCACGCAGCGUGUACAAGAAUCCAGCCUCGAUUUCGAUCGCCUACGCCACGAAACUGAAAUCGUAGGCUACCCCAUUCUACCUCUGGUCCGCCAGCUUUCGGCUAUCUGUGGCGACGAGGCUGGCAAGUAUGUACACUGGGGCGCGACGACACAGGAUAUCAUGGAUCUGGCAAGCGUGCUCCAAAUGAAAGAGGGACUCGACAUCAUCGAGAGAUUGCUCAAAGAUGUCAUCAAGACGCUACGUCUGCUUUCGGAGAAAUAUAAGGAUACCCCCAUGGCUGGUCGCACGCACUUGCAGCACGCAUUGCCGGUGACAUUCGGUUAUAAGUGCGCCGUAUGGCUGUCUGGGUUCCAGCGACAUCUGGACAGACUGACGCAGCUUCGUGAUCGGACUUUACUCGUGCAAUUUGGCGGUGCAGCAGGUUCGCUCGCGUCGCUGGGUUCUGGCGAUGAUGGACUUCGGGUGCGAAAGGCGCUGGCAAAGGAACUUGGUUUAUCUAACCCUUCGAUCACAUGGCAUGUUGCCCGAGACGGUGUGGCUGAAAUUACCAACUUUCUCGCGUUGAUGGGAGGAUCUAUGGGGAAGUUGGCUUUGGAUAUCAUUAUCAUGUCGUCCAAUGAGUUGGGUGAGGUAUCCGAGCCUUUCGUGCCACACCGUGGUGCGUCAUCUACCAUGCCGCAGAAGCUUCUUGAUGGAAUGGUGGCUGAUUUUGAACGCGCUUCGGGACCUUGGCAUCUCGAGUGGGUUGCUGUGCCAGAGAGUUUUGUUAUUGCUGUUGGGGCUUUGUCGCAGACUCAUUUCGCACUUUCGGGUCUAUCUGUCAAUAGCAAGCAGAUGCUCGAGAACCUCCACUCUACGAAGGGGUUGAUUGUGGCGGAGGCCGUGAUGAUGGGUAUGGCGCCGCAUGUGGGUCGUCAACGGGCUCAUGAUAUUGUCUACGAGGCCUGUCGGGAGAGCAUUGAGAAGGGAGGGUCGUUGUUGGACUGUCUUCUCGAGAAGGAAGAGGUUACUUCGAAGAUGAGCCAGCAGCGACUCAGUGAGCUUUGUGACCCAGUUAAUUAUCUGGGCGCAUCGUCGAGGAUGGUAGAUGAUGUUUUAGCUCUUGAUUAG